AUGAGCUACGAGGUCAGGUUUAUGUGGCUUGUGACUGGGAUUUCAGACAAGUUAAGCGUUACAAAAUUGAUUGUUAAUCAUGUAUAUUUCCCCCUGCUCGAGCAUGCGGCAAAAAAACUUUGGAUGCCUCGAGUGUCCUUCAGAGCCUUUAGAUCAACAGUGUACGGCGAAACUCUCCAACUAUCGGCCGAAGUCACCAGGCACCCGUUUCUUAAUUCAGAGAGCGCGUCAGUAACCUUGGAAUGCUAAUCAGCAUGAAAUGAAAUACAAAGUAAACACACUCGGCUGCAGAUAUGCGUUUAGUGGAUUUUGAUGACUGUGUUAAUUCAAUUAAAUUCCAUUUUUGUGCUCGUUUUCACGAAAUUCCGUCGUCUGUACACGCUUCACUUGAAAAAUCGGAGCAUUUCAGCAUUUUGAUCUUUUGAAGCCCAGUCUGUUUUCUCCCUCUGUCGUAAGGGUCCCAAACUCCAUCCUCUGUAAUUCUCCCUAAAAGACCAUGGGUCUCUUCAUGUGCUUAGGUAGGAAAUACCGAAGCCUAUAAGGCAUUGCAGUACUUAUCGAAUGAUUAGUAAACUUCGAAACCGUCAUUUUAACCCUACGGAUUGAAAACCGCAAAUAGACAUGCAAACAUUUCAAAAAUUCCCAGAAUUACAAAAUAUUAACGACCGAAAUGCCAUUUUUUCAAGGGUGAGCUCUAAAAAGGUUAUUUUUUACGUGAUCAGAAUAGAAAAUAGCUUUUAUGAAUUCCUUAAAGAGCUAUAUGAUCGAAUCUAGACAGCCCCCAAGGUCAACAGAAAAUGCACCCGAAUUUAGUAGUCUUUUGUGUGACUCACGCGAGAAUAAGAUGCUCGGUCAGAAUCCAGGCUUCUAUCGUAUCCGGAUAGACUUACGGUUUUUUAAUGCCAGUCAGCGCGACACCCUUACCAAGGUAACCUUUAAAAAUGUAUUCCAACCAAUUGUUCACGCGUUUCCGAGCAUAUUAUGUUCGGGAGAACUCAUGCUCUUUAUAUGAAUUAUAGUAAUAGAGCGUUUUAGUUGAAGUAGGUGGCAUAUGCGGAACGAAGCACCCACUUUGGUAAGCUGUCCUUUACCUUUCUCAUUAUUUGCAUCCUUAAAAAGCGCCUUACGGCAUUGGAGGCUCCUUUAUCCUCACGGUGGGCUCACGUGAUGGUCGUAGUGGUCGCUCACUUGCUUGCAGGUGAGACUACGCCUAGCGUCCAUUUGCUGGCACCCAACUCUCACCUGUGGCUCCUCGUAGCUGGGCUCUGCUCAGCGGCCACACCCCGGGCAACCGUCUCGAACGGCGGGCUAAACCAGGUGAGGGCGCUGUGCGCUUGUGCCGCGUGCACAGUGUACUGCGGACUCCGCUGGAUGGAUGGUCGGAUGAAACACUGCGCCGGCAUCGUCGAGACGAGGCUCUGCCUGGUACGCCGUUGGAUAACUGCUGCCGGGACGGGUCUCCGCAUCGCCUUCGCUGAGAUGCGCCCACCCUCGCCGACGGAGACCGCGGACUCACGGCAUAUGCGGUCCUUCUCCACUACGAACAUAAAAGUCGUGGCCCCAUAGUGGGAUCGGUCGCGCCAACAAGGCAUAUGGGCAGCCCGAUUCAGGGGCGGCACUGCCUGCCCCCAUGAGGGGAAGGGCCUAGAAAAGGUGGCCUAAACAUUGCUGGGUACCACGCCGUCUCCAGGCUAGCCAGGGCCGCAGACGUCUAAUCAUGUUCGCAACAAUCCAAAUCGAAACAACAACAAUACCAAUAACAACAACAACCAUACUCCUUCUCCUCAUCCUAACUCUUCUACCUCUUCCUCUGCCUAUUCUUCUGCCUAUUCUUCUCCUUCGUCACCUUCUUCUCCAUCUCCCUCCCGUCGCCCCACUCGUCGUCACCAGACUGGCAGGGCGAGUCCGCUCACUCUGGCAGCCUGGAAUGUUCGUUCCCUUUUAGACAAUCCGAGGAGCAACCGACCGGAAAGGAGGACAGCGUUAGUGGCACGAGAACUGGCGCGCUACAAGGUGGACAUCGCCGCACUCAGCAAGACCCAAUUCUCCGAACAAGGCCAACUGGAGGAGGUGGGUGCCGGCUACGCUUUCUUCUGGAGCGGUCGACCCAGGGCAGAGCGACGGGACGCGGGUGUCGCCUUCGCCAUUCGGAACGACAUCGUGGGACGACUGCCCUGUUUGCCGCAGGGCAUCAACGAUCGCCUGAUGAGCCUCCGCCUGCAUCUCCGGCGGGGGGGCCAAUUCGCCACCAUCAUCAGCGCCUACGCUCCGACGAUGACCAACCCCGACGCCGUCAGAGACAAAUUCUACGAGGACCUGCACGCCCUCUUGGCGACUGUGCCGAUGGCGGACAAGUUGGUUGUCCUUGGCGACUUCAACGCCCGCGUCGGCACAGACCAUACUGCCUGGAGGGGAGUGCUAGGUCCCCACGGUCUCCGCGGCUCAAACGACAAUGGUCUGCUGCUGCUCCGCACCUGCGCAGAACACCGCCUUAUCCUGACAAACACGUUCUUCUGUCUGCCGGAGCGAGAGAAGGCCACCUGGAGGCAUCCUCGGUCGCGCCAGUGGCACCUGCUGGACUAUGUCCUCGUCCGAAGGCGUGACCAGCGGGACGUGCUGGUGACGAAGGCGAUCGCGGGUGCUGACGGGUGGACCGACCAUCGCCUCGUCAUCUCGAAGAUGCGUCUUCGCCUACAGCCUCGCAGGAGACCUCAAGGUAAGCGACCCCCAGGUAAGCUGAAUGUUGCCUUGUUGUCCUUGCCCGCUCACCAUCUCCAUUUCAGCAAUGAGCUAGCUCAACGGCUAGACAACCUCCCCAUCGCCGAUGCCGCCGCUGCCGAAAACGCCUCCGUGGAGAACCGCUGGUGUCAACUGCGAGACACGGUCCAGGCGACGGCGUUCACCGUCCUCGGUCGCGCUCCCCGCCAACACCAGGACUGGUUCGACGACAACGACGCCGCCAUCAGCAAUCUGCUUGCUGAGAAGAACCGCCUACACAAAGCCUACGUCGAUCACCCCACUGACGAUAACAAAGCUGCUUUCUACCGCAGUCGCCGCCACCUCCAGCAGCGACUGCGCGUGAUGCAGGACGCCUGGACUGCUCGCAAAGCUGAGGAGAUCCAAGGCUACGCGGACCGCAACGAAUGGAAGAACUUCUUCUCUGCGAUCAAAGCUGUCUACGGUCCGCCGACAAAGGGCACUGCUCCUCUCCUCAGCGCCGACGGCAGUACUCUCCUGACUGAGAAGACGCAAAUCCUUCAGCGAUGGGUCGGGUUGAUGUCUUAG